AUGAUCCGACUUUCGCAGCUCCCUUGGGGGCUUGCGGCAGCCAUCCUUGGUGCGACAUGGCUACCCGCACUGCAAGUUGCAGCAACGCCAUCCGUCAAUGUUGGCUUGAAGGCCGCUUUCCCGUCGCCUCCAUAUCUGGUUGAGCUGCUAGAAACAGCAGCUCCCGACAAUGCGACUGUCUACUUCGCCCUCCUCAACCGCAUCGCCCAAGGCCACUUCGCCAGUGCAACGACGGAGAAGGAGCUCUACGAGAAAUUCUUGGACGUCCUGCAAAGUGACGGACACAUGAGCCCCGAGUCGCUGUCAACCUACAAGCUUGCACUGUCCUUGAGAUCUGCUGCACCUAGGAUCGAGGCCCACUACCAAUUCUAUGCAACUGCCGUAGAGCCGUCGCUGGAUGGAGAGCAAGACGGCUGCGACCAUUGGUUCCUGGCUAAUGGGAAGCAAUACUGCACGCCCGUCCUCGACGGCGCGGCGCGUGGAGCUGUCAAGGGCAGCUCCCAGGGACGCACACUACCGUUCGAUCGCAAGUUCGGCUCGGGGUUGCAAGACAUUGUUCUCUAUGCAGACAUCACAUCUCCGGGCUUCUCAAAGUUCCACGAAAUUGCCAUGGACAUUGCGCGGAAAGGAGAGGCUUCCUACCGGAUCAGGUACAGGAGGAGCCCUGCCCACCCCGCCGACACGCUCUCGGUCAAUGGAUACGGCGUCGAACUUGCCUUGAAGAGAACCGACUACAUUGUCAUCGACGACAGAGAGGCAGACGCGGCCAAGGCAACGACGGAUCAGGCGCAGAAAGUUAUCAGCUCCGAUAUCAUCCUCGACGAAGAAGAGGAGGUUAAGGACAUCAAACCUCUGGAAAAGUCGGAGCUCUCGUCUAUUGGGAUGAAAGCGGCUUCCUACAUAAUUCAGAGCGACUUGCCGUUUGACACUCUCCUCAAACUCACUCAGGAUUUCCCCAAAUACUCCACCUCGCUUGGAGGCCAGAAUAUCUCGAGUGAGUUCGAGGCCGAACACCAGGCGAACCGACAGGUCCUGGUUCCACAAGGCAUGAACGUACUUUGGAUGAACGGUGUGCAGCUGGUUGACCGGCAAAUGCAACCUUUUGGACUCGUAGAUCUGUUGAGGCGGGAACGAAAACUCAUGAACGGUGUUCUGGAUCUCGGACUUACUGGACAAGAAGCCAUCUCCCUUCUCGGCCAUGACGAGGUAGCCCAAGCAAAGGCGUCGGGCGAGGAGGAAGCCCGGAGAUUUGACUGGCGCGAUCAAAUCGAGGACGGCCGGGUCAUUAUCUGGCUCAACAACAUCGAGAAAGAUAAGCGGUAUAGUGCCUUUUCGCCAUCCCUCUGGACUCUGCUCCAGCACUUUGGCGGCGGGCUACCCCAAGUGCGGAAAGACAUCUUCAACUUGGUCGUCCCCGUAGACUUUACCAAGCCUGUAGACGUCAAGAUCAUUGUGGAGCAAUUGCAAGGCUUCGUAAAGCGGCUAGUACCUAUUCGAUUUGGCCUCGUUCCCCUUACUUCGACUGGGGAGGCGAUCGAGCAAGCUAAAGUUGUCUACCACCUUCUUGAGAGCUACGGACUGGGGGCGGUAAUCGCAUAUCUGGAGCAAUCGGCUGAGGCAGCGAAGACCGCCAAAGCAGAUGAAGGAAUUUUCAAUGCGGCAAUCAAGGACCGCUCAUUGCGUCCGGACGCUACUCUUCUUCCCUUCAAACAAAUUUUCACAUCCGAAGAGCAUGAGAAGCAGAUCCAUCAAGCAAAGCAUUGGACGGAACGGCUGCGCGCUAGCGGCGAAGUCCCUCCUGUUUUCUUUAACGGUCUUGCUCUUCCGCGAGAUGAGACAUGGCUUAGGGCGAUGAACCAGAAGCUUAUGGCCGACUUGCAAGCAGUCCAGCAAGCCGCGUACUAUGGUAUUCUCAAUGAGACCUCGUGGAUUCCGGAUCACUUUCUCCAAAACGCCAUUACGCGGCGUAACACGUUCAUCUUCCCCGAGGACCCUCAGGCCAUUUCCGUGCUCAAUGUGAACAAGGUGUACACAGAUCACCAAGAUCUCUUCAUCAAGGUUCCUGUGAUCGAGGCAGACGAGCGUUCAACCAAGGAAGAUUGGGCCGCCCUGACUGUUGUUGCAGACCUUGACAAUGUUGAAGGCCAAAAGCUUCUAUAUUUCGCUCUCCAGUUCCGCCGUGAGCACCUUGGCGUCCGCCUUGAUAUUGUGCACAAUCCCGCUGAUCUGUCUCAGUCUCCCUCCCUAGUCAACGGGCGUGUCAAGGUUAGGGAAGACAGCCUAACCAACGUCGGACGCCUCGUGGAUUUGGAAAACAUACUCGAUGGCUCCAGAACUGACCCCGAUUCGGCAUUGGAUACUGCCCUGGCCAAUUUCAUCUCUGGUACCAAUCUAAGAGCAGGCGACAACGUCUUGAUGCUCAAUGGGCGGGUUGUCGGCCCCAUUGUCUCAGCCGAAGACUUCAAAAAGGAGGAUUUUGAGCAGUUCUUGGAAGCCGAACGCGCCGAGAGGAUUUUGCCCGUCUAUAAAGCGAUUGAAAACCUCGGCCUGGACGACAAACUAUCCGGCCCCCUGGCAGCAGCCAAAUUGUCCUCGGUCACUGCUCUGUCGAGCUUAUCGGAUGUUCCGCAGGGGAUUUUCGAUUCUGCAAGUCCGGUUAGGACCACGGCAUAUAAGGCAUGGAACUCGACCCAUACCUCAUUCCAAGUCGGUGACCCAACGACCGCCACAAUUUUCUUGGUAGCUGUCAUAAAUCCCGCAAGCGAAACCGGCCAGAAAUGGGCUGCUAUUCUCAAAGUGCUUUCCGAGCUCGAGGGCGUGCAUCUCCAGGUAUUCCUGAAUCCUUUAGAGGAUCUCGGUGAACUUCCCGUCAAGAGAUUCUACCGCUACGUCCUCGAUUCAGCCCCUAGCUUCGAUGAGAAUGGGAAACUCAAAUCACUUUCGGCUACCUUCGUUGGUGUACCAUCGGAAACCCUCCUUAUUGCUGGGAUGGAUGUGCCCCCGGCCUGGCUCGUCACCUCAAAGGUCUCUGUCGAUGAUUUGGACAACAUCCGGAUAAAAGACAUCAAAGCCAGGAGAAACACUGAGCAUAUCGAGGCAGUAUAUGAGCUCGAAAAUAUUCUUAUCGAAGGUCAUUCCAGAGAAUUGCCAGCCGGCGGACCUCCACGAGGUGUGCAGCUUGUUCUUGCAACUGAGAAGGAUCCGCACUUCGCCGACACCAUUAUCAUGGCGAACCUUGGCUUCUUUCAGUUCAAAGCCAACCCCGGUGUCUUCAGCAUUCAGCUCAAAGAGGGCCGGAGCUCGGACAUCUUCAGCAUCGAAAGCGUAGGAGCCAAAGGCUGGGCGCCUACCCCCGGCGACGAGACGACGGAGAUUGCCUUGAUGGACUUCCAGGGCACUACCCUCUAUCCGCGCCUCGCCCGCAAAUCCGGCAUGGAGCUUGAAGACGUGCUCGAAGAGGCCAAGCAUUCCUCCGGUGGCGCCAUGGACUAUGUUUCUAAGGGUUUCAAGUUCGCGGAAGGUCUUCUCGGCAGUGCAACAGGCAGGCAUGCCAAGUCGGUCUCUGACAUAGAGCACGGCGAGAUCAACAUCUUCUCGGUUGCCAGCGGUCAUCUCUAUGAGCGCAUGCUUAACAUCAUGAUGGUCAGCGUGACGAGGCAUACCAAACACACAGUCAAGUUCUGGUUCAUCGAGCAGUUCCUCUCGCCGUCUUUCAAGGACUUUAUCCCGACCAUGGCGGCCGAGUACGGGUUCAAGUACGAGAUGGUCACAUACAAGUGGCCCCAUUGGUUGCGGCAGCAAAAGGAGAAGCAGCGUGAGAUCUGGGGCUACAAGAUCCUCUUCCUCGACGUCCUCUUCCCGCUCUCGCUAGACAAGGUCAUCUUCGUGGAUGCGGACCAGAUUGUGCGCACCGACAUGUACGACCUGGUGCAGCUCGAUCUCGAGGGCGCGCCCUAUGGCUUCACGCCCAUGUGUGACUCGCGCGUCGAGAUGGAGGGCUUCCGCUUCUGGAAGACAGGGUACUGGGCCAACUACCUCAAGGGCCAGCCUUAUCACAUCAGCGCGCUCUACGUGGUCGACCUGCGCCGCUUCCGCGAGCUCGCCGCCGGCGACCGCCUGCGCCAGCAAUACCACACGCUCUCGGCCGACCCGGGCUCCCUGUCUAACCUCGACCAGGACCUGCCCAACCACAUGCAGUUCCAGAUCCCCAUCCACAGCCUGCCGCAGGACUGGCUCUGGUGCGAGACGUGGUGCAGCGACGACACUCUCCGCACCGCCCGCACCAUCGACCUCUGCAACAACCCCCAGACCAAGGAGCCCAAGCUGGACCGCGCCCGUCGCCAGGUGCCCGAGUGGACAGAGUACGACGAUGAGAUUGCCGCGCUGGCCCGCCGGCGGAGGCAGCAGGACCAGGACCAGCAGGGCGAUGCCGAAGAGCAUGUUGAGAAGAAUACCAAGAGCAGGCGGCUGGACGUGGGCGGUGAGGGGGCGGCAACGGAGACGGCUCAUACCAAGGAUGAGUUGUAA